CUUUCUAUUCCCAACUUUUCCCCUCCUCCACUGCUACAGUAACUGAGAGUCGCUUCCAGAUCGCCGGGCCGACCGGAGGCCGUUCUCGCCGGCGUUGCCGGUCGAGAUGAGCUGAGGGAAGGCGCUGGCCUUUGUAGUGUUUAUACUAGGUGUAGUUUUGGCCUUCGUGCCAGUAGUUGGCGUUUUGCCGUGAGGAGCUCGCCGGUCUUUCCAGGCCAGAUCCGGCGACUGCUGGCGUUCUGCCUCCUUGCCGUCCUCGUCGGAGGGGCGCGGAUGGCUUCCGCCAGUUAUUCCUCUAAUAAGGUCUGUGGUGGCUGCGAGGUGUGGCGGCUGCGGUGGCUCUCUCCUUUGGCCGGCCGUGGUGGUGAGGGAAGGAGGCCAUCUGCUCUUCAGCAACUGCUGCAAGCUCAAGGUCCGGCGGCCCGUUCUCCGGCGUGUGCGAGCGACGCUGGAUACCCUUCAGCUCUGAUCUGGUGCAGGCGCCUCUGGUGGGAGGCUACUGCUGUUUUUGUAGAGGGCGGAGGAUCCCUGAAUGUCUGUGCUCGCUUCGGCUCACGAUUCUGCAAGAUCCGAAAGUGGCUACCCCUUUUGGCCGGCCGUGGAGGCGAGGAGAAGGUGGUACCUGUCGAGGGAAGGGAGAUGAAGGUGGCAGUAUGUGUAGCUGGGUGCUAGAUGAUGGGUGUUGGCAGGGACUGUUUUUGCAAGCUUUCCCUACCAGUGAUGACAAGCUCAGGGGAAGGAACUCCUCCAUCUCUCCACAAGAAGAUGAUGCUGCUGAUCUUGCCCACAUCUUCAACACAUGCCCCUGUAAGCUUUGUAAGCCAGAGAUCCUGAAUUGCUAUGGUCAUCGUGUUUGCGAUUUAGAUUGCUGCACAGAUCAGUUCACAAG